AAUGAUCCUAUCGUGCCAUCAUUGGGGAGAAAAACGGCAUUAUUGUUGUUGUGUGGAAUUUAAACCGCGUUUGUUUUGUUUUUAGCUCUUAAAUAGAUGUUUAAUUAUUGUUGAAGAUGCCGUACGCCAACCAGCCGACGGUGAAAAUCACAGAGCUGACGGACGAAAAUGUGAAGUUUGUAAUUGAGAACACGGACCUAGCAGUUGCCAACUCUAUCAGGCGAGUGUUUAUGUCCGAGGUUCCAACUAUCGCAAUCGACUGGGUUCAGAUCGACGCCAAUUCUUCAGUUCUUCAUGAUGAGUUCAUCGCACACAGAGUGGGGCUCAUACCGCUGACCAGUGAUGACAUAGUAGACAAAAUGCAGUAUUCAAGGGACUGCACGUGUGAUGAUUUCUGUCCAGAGUGCUCAGUGGAACUCACACUGGACGUGAGAUGUACGGAAGAUCAGACACGUCACGUGACUUCACGGGAUCUGCUGUCUAAUAACCCUCGAGUUAUCCCUGUGACAUCCAGAAGUCGAGAUAACGACCCCAAUGACUACGUAGAGCAGGACGACAUCCUGUUGGUGAAGCUGCGAAAGGGCCAAGAGCUCCGACUCCGAGCAUACGCAAAGAAGGGCUUCGGCAAGGAACACGCCAAGUGGAACCCGACAGCAGGGGUGGCCUUCGAGUACGACCCAGAUAACGCUCUGAGACACACAGUGUACCCCCGUCCUGAGGAAUGGCCGAAGAGCGAGUACUCCGAGCUCGAGGAUGAAGAAGUUCAAGCUCCAUACGACCCCAACGGCAAACCAGAGCGGUUUUACUAUAACGUGGAGUCGUGCGGUUCUCUCCGGCCCGAGACGAUCGUGAUGUCCGCACUCGCCGUGCUAAAGAAGAAACUAAGCGACCUGCAGACUCAGCUGAGCCACGAGAUCCAGAGCGACGUCCUCACCAUCAAUUAAGCGGAGUUGAGAGCGAGAGUUGUGGACAGAUGAUGUACAGCAGGAAGCGGGUUUAUAUAUUUUGUACUAUAUGGGCUGAUGAGGAGCUCUUACUGACGAAUCCACGAAUAAAUUUUCUUGAUAAAUGCAAA